AUGUUAUGGGGCAAAUAUACUGCACUCUCCGGACACAAACUCAGAGAGUCUCCAAAAAAGAAGGCCAACACAAACAAACCGAUGGGACAGUUCGCUGCCCCGCACUCUCAACACACGCCUACAUUUCCCGGCACUCUUCCCAUUACUCAGUCCUAUAACCAGUCGCUGAGCGCUACCCUCGGACCACAAGUGCCACAAAAUCAGAUGUUUGGAAACCAGUCUUUCAAUCAUCCGCUGCCUAUGCCGAGCGGUCCCAGUAUUGCGGGCGGCGCCUCCACUAUAGUCGUGGCCUCGCACUCAAGCCUUCCUCAACAGCCCCAACGGCCCACUGCGACGGCCACCGCAGCCCCCACUAGAAAGAACAUACUCUCGGCUCCGGGGGGCCCUCAGCUCACACCACAACCAACGCAUAAGAAUCCUCCGGUGCCAUUGAAUUCCAACUCAGAUUCAAACCAAUCAAACGCUGUCCGCGACUCACCCAAAGUCAAUGCAUCCCAUUUCACACCUCCAUUCACGUCCACAGCGCCGACACAAUUGCAUGCGAAUCAACACAAAGCUAAAGAUGAAUCCAAUUAUUCCGCCAACAAUUCACAGUCAAACUCGAGACACGAUUUCAAUUCAACAAAUUCUGGAUCAUUGGAUGCGUUUAGUUCGGGAUCACCGGCUAAUGGGGAGAAAAAGGAGGGCUCAAAGUCGUCGAGCUCUAUGUCUCAGUCAAGUCCAUCUGUGAUGUCCAACAAAAAGUCUAAUGCAUUUGAUGCUAAAUCGAAAGGUCUGAGCGGAUGGUCGAGUAUAGCGUCGUCGGGAACGGGAGGCGCCGGCGCUAACAUUAAAGUUCAGGCGGAGAAUAGUUUCGAGCUCUUCAAAAAGCAGGCCAAAGAGAAACAAGACAAACAAAAUCAACUUAAAUUACAACAAGACUUGCGCCGUAAGACACAGGAAAGGGAGGAAAAGGAAAGACUGCGUCAGGAGAAGGAGAGACAGCGCGAGAAGGAAGAGGACGAGGCGCUGGAAAAGGCCCGCAAACAGCAUCAGAAACAGCAACAGAUCGACGAAAUGUCGCGAAACCAGUCGUCCAACUCGUCGCCCGCCUCCGGAUCGGGCUCUCCAUCGCAGGCGAUGUCCCAAUCGGAAAGGGAACGACUCCGACAGCGCGAGAAGGAGAGGCGGAUGCGGGAAGCGAGAGCCCAACAAAUCGAUUUGAACCGUCAGAGCGAAGUGAUGGCCACAUUCGAGGAGAUGUUGUGAUUGACUUGUUUUAUAUUAUAAAUAAAAUCAUCGCACCGGUAGCAGCACUGGCACUACUGUUACCUUCAUUUGCCUUUUACUAGAGAUUCAAUUGCAUUGUAUAUUUCAUUAUUAAUAACAAAAAAUGAAUUUAAAAAAAUUAAAAACAUAAAAGUUGUUAUAAAUUAUAUGAAACACAUUAUCUCCACAUAAAAGGCUUCUAUAACUUAGUAUAUCAUAGC